GCUCGACUCUCUUCCUCUCCGUUCCCCAGGCCGUCUUGCGGGUGACUCGGGCAACAUGCGCGGCUUCAGAUGGGUAACAGCCGCCGUGCUGAUGGCGGUGGUGCUGUCGUCCUCCGUCAAGGGGGAGCAGGAGGUCCUCCCCGCCGAGGACGACCUCCUGCCGCUGGAGAGCCAGCAGGUGGCAGUUGUGGCCAAGGACGACCUCCAAGCCUCUGCUACGGGUGAGUGCUGUCUGUGUGUCGGUGUUUUUUUUUUUUUUUUUCGUUCUACAUAUGCGUCUAAUUUCAUAACAACGUUAUUAAUUUUUGGCGUAAUAUUAAUAGGAAUCCAUUGCAUGAAGGUCAAAAUCCCAUUAAAAGAAACUAAGCGAGCUCUCGGUAGCUGUAUACUUUGCUGGCGUCCUUUAGGAUACGGAGGAUACGGAGGCGGAAGUUCCCACAAGGGCCACGGAGGCUACGGAGGCUCCCACUACGACCAGGGAGGCUACAAGGGCCACCAGGGAUACCACGCUGACAAGGGCCACAAGGGCAGCCAUUACGGCGACCACGGCAAGGCGCACUACAGUGUGAGAACCGCCGCCUUUACGUCUUUAAUCUAAAGAAGUGGUAAACCCACAAGGGAAUAGCAUUUACCUUUUAAGCAAUAUUAUUUUUUCUUUAUUCUUUUGCCUAGAAUGACUCUCAGGAGUCGUUUCGAGAGAUUUUUUUUUUUUUUUCGUAAAGUUCAAAGUUUCCUCCCCUC